ACGAAACAGCAUCAAAAAGCGGCGCAGGAGGCGGUGCUUUGGGCGACGGCGUUGGCGAGAGCCUCAGUUUUCGACCCGCACACCCCGUGCGAAGGACAUGGCGGCCGCGGUGACUCCGAGAAGUUGAAAAACCACCAAACCCUUCUGGCCGCUGGCCCGCCGACGCCGAAACUGAAACACAAGAGAACCCUCCCCACAACAAAACGAACACCCUCGCGUUCGCCCAGGACUACGCUUCGAGAAAAGAAAACAAGCAAAAACAAGAAAGACAAGCCGACUACAAGCGGACGGACUACAGACGCAGGGUGCCGACCAAACGUCCGGAGAGACUGAACAAGAAACACAAAACGACCUCGACACGACGACUUGGUUCCCUUGGCACCCCCCGUGAGCGGAGCCAAGAAUCGAGCCCCCUUGGCGGCGGCAGCAGGAGCAGCAGCUAGCGUUUGCAGCGACGCCGGUGGCCAAGAAGGAAGGAGCCCAGCCCGGCGCCAUGCUGAGUGCAGAGCACCACGAGGCACCCGUGCCCUCGCCGGGCCUCAACAUGGAGCACGGCUUCAUCCGCAAGAUCGAGGCCAACCAGAUCCACCGGCACUAUCAGAUCAAAGAGGACGCGAUAAAGCGGAACGAGACGGCUAAACUGGCCCGGAGGGUUGGGAUGCCCAACAAGUCCACCAAGCCCACUAUUGAGAUUUACAGACCGCCAGGUGUGAGGGUGUCUGAUGUGCCCCAGCACGCGGAAGUGGAGCAUGUUCAGCACCACCAUUACCACCAGCAAGGCGGUCCUCUGCUCAACGGCGCAAACGGUAUUGGCGUACCCCAGCCCAACGUCAACAGGGCGGUGCACUUCCAGGUUCCCCCCGUGGUCACGUCGAGCAACGGGUUGAACAAGGAGGCGCCGGUGAUGGGCAAGAGCUCCCUGCGGCGCUCCAAGAGCUUCAGCCACGACGAGCCGGCCCCUUCGGCCCUUGAGCGCACUAGCUUUCCCGCCGAGUACCAGGCCCUGCUCAAGAGGGCGCUCCACGACCCGAAUGCGCUGAGUUCGCAUCAGCUGAUGGAGCUGGUCCGGGCCAUUUGCAGCAAGGCAACUGAGGGAAUCCAGGACGCGGAACCGGCCGCACAGCUCUGCCUCACCAUAAUCGAAAAGGAAAGAGGCGAGACAUUCCUGGAGAGCCUGCUGAGUGCCUGCCGCGAGUGGUUCAACGAGCGGGACAAGCUGCUCAGGCCCGAAGUGCAGCUGCAAGGGGGCGCCUCGCCUCGUCGCUGGACGGCCUACGUCUGCUUUCUGGCGGAGCUGCUCUUGGGGCUUCGCGGUCGCAACGGCAGCGGUGGUGCGGCGGGCACCGGGGGCCGCACAGCCAGCCGCACCCUCUGCCUCCUCAUGCUCCUGUGCGACUGCUGCCACAUCAUCCUCAGGCCACCCUCCCUCUGCAACCCCACUGAGAUGGAGUGUCUGCGCUCGGUGCUGACGAUUGCUGGCAAGGCGGUGCAACGCGACGCGCCCCAGCGCAUGGCGGCCCUCGUGUCCCACAUGCGGGAAGCCUUUGUGCAGCAGUGCCUGUCGGCCAACGGGCGGAAGGUGUUGCUCGAACUCCUCGAGCUCCACGCUUCGGGCUGGCAGCUGAAUCUGCCUCAGAGGCUCUACUACUUCCCUUACACUAGCCUCGAGCACCGCAAGUAACCUCCCCUACUCCAAAACCUAGAGUAGUAGCGUUCUCCUCAAUCUCCGCAGUUGGGCGAGUGGCCCCCUUUUUGCGUGACUUGUCCCUUCUCGGCCGUGUAUUGCGGCAUCUUUCCAAGCCUCCUUUACAAGCAGCAGCUGUGUCCUCUUUUACAGGAGCCCGUGUGUCCUUGUGUCCUUUCCCCUUUCUUUCUGGGUUUUGAGUGUGCUGUCUUUCCACCGUGUGCGUUCCGUGACUGUGCUGCGACUUAACCGCGACAGUCGAGCAGGUGGGCGACUGGAUUCAGAGUGCAGUGCGACGUCUCGGCGGAACGUUGUCGGGACCACCAGCCUUCUCAAGGUUACAUCGAAAGAACCGGAGUCUCCGGUUUCGGUUCGAACUGUGCCGCGGUCUCGACAAAACGUCGGGGCCGGCAGUGAAAGCUCCGGAAGCUGCCCAAAGCUACGUUCAAGGCUUCGUCGCAAUAGAAAACUUCGUUGACCAUCUACGACAGCUCCACAGACACACUUUUCGGAAGCAAAGUUUGUGUCGAAACAUUGCAGCUGUGGCGAGGACACUUCCGAGCACUUCUGGCCUCGGUUUACAAAGCCGCUCAUCGAGUCGCUCGGCUUGUGCUUCCUCUAAAAAACAAAAAAUAAGUGUUUUCUUCCAGCACUCUGAAUCGGUCCAUGAUAUCUCUAAGUUUGUUCCUCUCAGUUCUGUUUCUGCCGUCUGCCGAUCCACCUGUUUUUGAGUUGCCGUGCUACAAGUUUGACGACGAGCUACUCGAAAGUGACGAGCGUUCCGAUUUCAGUGUAGCGCAGUCGGACGGUAUGCCUGGAUCUUUCUAUUUGUCCUGGUGCUCAUUAGUUCGGGCGCCUCUCUGGCGGGUAGACCGCGGGUCUGUCGUGUCGCGCAGUGACGCGAUGCGAAUGACAACGGCCAGUCAGGGCUGACCAUUAUUGUGUUUAUGCCGUCUUCCAUGUAGAAACAUCUUCCAUUGGAAGCAUGUCGCUCAGUCCUCUCAAGAAGCUUUGCUCUCUAACGUGCAGUUUUUGCGUCAGAUACCACCUCACUCCUCACCACUUCCUCCUUUUUUCCUCGCGACGACACCGAAAUGUAACCGACUAGUUCGCGGUGUAUUGAAGGCGUCUUCUAGUCUUUUAGUAAGCGGAAAUCCAAGAAAGCAGCUAUCCAAGUUGCCCUCUGGUUAUUGGAGCAAACGUGAGCUGGUUCUUUCCAUACAUUGCCCAAGACAAGAGACAACAGCACUGUCAGUUUUUUUUGUUUUUUUCUAUUUGUACCAGAGAAGAAAUAAGCCUAUCUCUGACAUUUUCUGCAUAAUACUACACCAUUUUUUUUCAACGUGUGAUGUAACGAUUCCUUCACACUUCGCUACUCGCAUGCAGAAUGGCGGAACGAAACCAAGUUUUCAUCACGAUAGCUCAAACGAUGCGCAAGGGGGCAAACUCAACGAGUGUUUCUGGAAUCCCCCCCCCGAGACAUCAAACACUCCUGAUCGCGCCACUAUGCAAGCCCGGUUUGCGUUUCCUUCCGCAAGCUCCUUAAACUGCCCGACCUCAACCUGCUGAUCCGUGCUAGUUGUAGUACUCUCUCCGAGUCGAGCGACGUAUCCGAGAGCGCUUUCAAACUCCCCGCCCCCCAAACGUUCGCCAAAAAACAAUCCAUGCAAGUUGCGAUCUAACCAAAGCUUUAGGUCGCUGCGCCGUCGCCACGAGGCAACCUGCCAGCACUUUUUCUUUUUAAACUGUCGUGCGUGCGUGUUGUGUGUUUGUGCGAGUGUCUAUGAAAGGAGUGUGAAUUGACACUGCAAGAUACCUUGUUGGUGCUUCGAAAGUUUUUUUUUUCUCUGUGUUUGUGUUUUGAUAGUUUUUGGUAUGGCCUGUGAUAAAGACAGUCACUGUGUUCUGGCUUUCUCUUUUUCGGGCGGGGUAAAAUAAAUGAAACGAGACAUUUCCGGUGGCUAAACUUUUCUUGCACCACGACGUUGGGUCCGAUAACCUCUUAACGCCCCUAGUCAUUUUGAUAGCAGCUCGUUUUAGCGGUUAGGCAGUAGGCACUACAGCAUACGCUAUGGAAUCUCGUAACGUGCGUUUCUGGACUGCAUACUAUGCUAGUUCAGGCGCACGAUGCCAACUUAGUUCUUCGACUGGAAUCCUUUCAUGUGUUAGGGCGCAGUUUAGGGGUAACUUACUACGAGCAAUGAAACGCAUAGCAAUAAGACUGUACCAUGCUCUCUCACUCUCGCGCUGUAAACAUAAAAAUAAUAAAAAAAAAAACGAAAAAAAAAACAAGCAACUAAGGUGCCAAUACUCUUCAAGCAGUCAUUUGUAGAUUACUAUUUACAAAUAUACUGUUUUCUUUUCUUUUGUAUUUGAUGCAACUGAAUAAACUUCUAGUAUUAUGGUAGUA